CGGGAAGGAGGCGACGGACACCCAGCGCCUGACCUGGGGAAGCCGUUGCUCAGCCUGAUGGCACGGCGAGCCCGCAUCCUGACGGCCUCUGCCCUGGGGUACUUCAGCCAGUUUCUUCCCCUAGUUCUCUCUGUUCAUCUCUUGUAUGGUGAGCUAUUGAUGUACUGAGGGAACAAACAGAGCACUGGGGAAGCAUUAACUUCGCAACCAGUGUCUGAGGACAGCCGAUAGGCUGCCGAGCAAAGAAGAUGAGACAAUUUCCCUGUCUGAGACUAUUUCCCUUCCUACAGCUUCCUUGGGCGAGAUGUGAGGAGAAUUGUGUCAGUCCUGAACAUUGCCUGACCACAGAUUGGGUACAUCUCUGGUAUAUAUGGCUGCUGGGGGUGAUCGGCGUCCUGCUUCUCCUGUGCGGCCUGACUUCCGUGUGCUUCCGCUGCUGUCUGAAUCACCAGCAAAGUGGAGAGGAGGAGGACCGGCCACCCUAUGAAGUGACAGUCAUUGCUUUUGAUCAUGACAGCACCCUCCAGAGCACGAUUACUUCCCUGCAGUCAGUGUUUGGCUCUGCAGCUCGAAGAAUCCUGGCUGUGACUCACUCCCACGGCUCUCUGGGCCAACUGCCCUCUUCUCUGGACACCCUCCCAGGAUAUGAAGAAGCUCUUCACAUGAGUAGCUUCACAGUUGCAAAGUGUGGGCAGAAAGCAUCUGAUCUACCCCCGGUGCCAGAGGAAAAGCAAGUGCCUCCAACGCAGCAGGAGUCUUCUCCAGUAGAACACUCUGCAAAUUGAUGGGGAGCCUGGUUUCAUAAAUGGCAGACAGGGUGGGGAUGGUCUCCAGGGUCGGUAGAGACAGACAAAGGGAACAUUUUUUUUCUAACUUUCAGAAGAUUUAGGAUGACAUCUAAACAUCAUUCAGUGGAAAUGAUGGAUUCCAACUCUUUACCUCCAGACACAUCUAAUUUCUGAUAUGGAAUGCUCUAAUCAGGAACUCUCAUUCUUAUCCGAUGGCCAAAUUUUGCAACUAACCUCUAGCAAUGUUAGUUACCACUGAAGCAGGAAAGCAUUGAAGGUAUCUUGAAUUCCUCCAGACACUGAGUUCCCUUGCCCAUACGAUACUGCAGGUUGCUCUUCUCUGCCAGCUAAUAGAUUGUAACACACUUGACAAAGACAAGAGUGUAGGCACAGCCACAGAAUUAAUGCACUUAAUUCGUGCCUCCCUUCUCUUGAGAGAAUGCUGACUUUUAUACUGAAUGAUAAUGAUAAUUUUGGACAUCAAGAAUACCUUGGCAGGCAUCCAGAAUCUUGGGUGGGAUUGCAGGUACGGGCUAAGAGAACACACUACAUACAGUAUUGAAGUGUCAAACAUCAAGGUCUUUCUUUCACCCUAGUCCUACCCACUAGCUGUUGGAGAAACUGCAUCCAGUGCAGUAACAGUUCUACUAAUUAUUCAGUUCCUCUGACCAGCAAACACACAUACACAAACGUGUGCACGUGCACACAUGCACAUACACAUGCACACUUUUCAAACUCUAAAAUAGCAUUGUUUUGUUUCUUUCCUCCUUCCUGCUUUGAUCACUUGAAGCCAAUUGUCUGUAGUGACACAUGCUAGUCUCUAGUGAUGGCCUUCACUGCCAUCUAGUGGAACCAUGGUGAAAAAUGAAUUUGCCUAUUUGAGCCUAUCUACACACCUCUUCAGUUCUGGGAUCACUGACUGAACUUAACCUGGAUGGGAUCCUUUCUAUGUCACUAUCCUGCUGUGUAACGCCAAGCCACCCACAUAACAUGCUACCUUCAAAAUGUAUUGAGGAAGCGGAGCGUAUUUGGGGGAAACUACUUACCAGGGAUCUUGGAUAAGUCCCUCAAAUCUGUAAGGCAUGAUUUUCUCAUCUGUAAGAUAGGAGAUAAAACACAUAUAAGCUCGAUAUAAAUGACAAGAUUUAUAAAGUACUAUGCACACGUAUUUGCUGUUCUUACUGUUGACAUGUAAUUUUCACCUGCCUUCUUCGGUUCUCCUGAGAAUUAUGUUCUGAUUUUUCCUCUUGCCAGCCAGCCUGUGAUGUUAUUGCGAAGUCACAUCUGUAGUAGCUUUAUUUCAUCAAUAAAUAUUUGUCAAUUAAGAUAAACAA